AUGCAUGGUUGGGAUGGAUUUAGGCAAAGCAGAGCUGUUGGCUGCCCGGUUGACCGAUACGUGCUUACUGAGGCGUGUGCCACUUUCGCUGAAUCUAAGGCGGUAGCCUUAAAAGGCUACCAGCGAAGGAUUUACGCGCUGCUGGCGCAGAGUCGCCGCACGCUGACCCCAUCACUCAAAAUCCCGCCGGUGGCAUUUGGAGUCUCGACCUAUGGAUAUGGGAGCAGAGUGCUCAAAAGAGCAUGCUCGGCUAUUAAUCAAGCUUGUGAUGGUCGUCGUGAAUGUCAUUUCAUCGUCAAUAACGAUUUCUUCAUCCAUGAUCCAUGCCCUGGAACGAAGAAAUACUUAGAUGUCACCUAUGCUUGUAUUGUAGAGGUAACCACAACUACAACGACAACCACAACAACUACAACUACCACUACAACGUCUACAACAACAGAAAUUGACGAUGAUGUUGAAAAAGACAUGGGCGCACUGUCAACUCCACGAGCAUGUGCGAAGACGUCUAGAAGAGGUAUUGAAUGGCCGGCCACAAUUUCUGGAACGGCAGCUAGCCGACCAUGCCCGGAGGGAACGAGAGGUCUGUGGGAAGACUUUUUAGCAUUUUUCUUGUUCAUAAAAGUGUUUGGAUUGGUCUGUGGUGGCAACGGAUGCGCCCACUAG